GGAGAAAAUGAUCAGUCCCAGAUCUCACCUACAAAUUCACACACCUCUCUCUCUCUCUCUCUCUUUCUCUCUUCAAUUUAGUAAUACUUCUUGUGCUACACACAACCUCCAAGACAUGACCCACACAUUCCAUUUCCCACAUCUCUUUCUUACGUAAUAUGAUCCAAGCUUUAAUUUUGAUGAUUUUUAUAGAAUUGCCAAAGCCCUUCAUAUAAUACCAGCAGCAACACAGAGAGACGCAUAUAAGCAUAGUCUAGUCUAGGCCAAAAAGACAAGAAACUAUUCUCUUCUGCUCUGUGUGAGGAAUUUUAUCCAAAAAGAACAUUAAUACUUCUUGGAUUUGCAGAAACUUGCUUGCACUGCAGAUUUGUAUUGGUUCUAAUCCUUAGAAGGUGGGGACUAGUUGUAGCUUUUGGGUCUCGGGCCUGGCCCCCUUCCCAUUUCCUUUUUUUUUUGUUCCUUUGGUUUUGCAGAAGAUUUUGUCUGCCUUGUUCUGUAAAACCCCAAUGCUACUUUAUUUUAUUGCUCUUGUGUAGGGACAUAUUUUGGGGUUCUGUACUUUCCUUGUUUUUCUUCUUCUCUUUAAGCCUGUUCCUCCAUUUAUUUUUCUUUUUCCAUUGUUCGAGAAAUUCUCUAUAACUCCAAAAAAAAAAAAAAAAACCAUUGAAUUUUUGCUGCAGAGUGCUAGAACUUCAUUUAAAGAACACGUUAGUGCUGUGUUUCUGAUCCUUAUGUUUCUGUAAUUAAAAAAAAAAAACAAAAAACUUUAACCUUAGAAAGCUAGAAGUUCUCUUAUUAUGGUUUUUGCUAAACUUUUGUCAAUAUUAUAUGACACAGAGGCUAUGCUCUGAGAUUAUGAAACACAAUAUACCUGGAAUCCUGUUGAUUUCUUAUUGAUUCUUGGGGAUGGAAUCAUAAGGGAAGCUUACCAAGUGUAAACUUUUUGCUUGUGGAGUAGAAAAGAGGAGGUGAAGAUGCCUGCAAAGGUUUUGCAUACCUUAACAGAUGAAAAUCAAGAUCUGCAGAAGCAGAUUGGAUGCAUGAAUGGAUUUUUUCAGCUUUUUGACCGCCAUCAUUUCCUUACCGGCCGACGUAUCAACAGCGACAACCACAAGAGACUUCCUCCAGGUCAAAAUGACAAGAAGGCAACAGAGCUCAGCAAUGCAUCACAAACAACUACAGAAAAAAUCCCGAAGAAGCUUGUAAAAGAGAAACAGAGGGUCUCGACAGAAUCAUCCAAAUCCUCCUUUUCAUCUUCCUCAUGUUCAUCUAGCUUCUCAUCUCUUGAUCAUAACAAAACAGCUCAGAUUGAGACAUCUUCAUUCAACCAAACAAUUUUCCCUGAAACCCCCACUCAGUCCACGAACCAGCCAAAUGUUUCUUUGCAGUUAAGACAGCCAUCCCUUGAUCUCCGAGACAUUGUCAAAGACUCCAUAUACAGAGAAGCCCGUGCAUUGUCUGUAAAAACUGGUGGUAAGGAGGAAGCAACGGGUAAUACCUUGAUAUACAUAGACUCCCCAAGGCCCUUGCAGGCACCCAAAUCUGUCAAGCCCAGAGCUACUGGUCUCAAUGAUUCCUUUCGCAUUCUUGCUAAGCUCCGGGAAGCACCUAGGAAUUACAAGGAACAGAGAGAUGGUUUUACGCUUUCAUCACCGAACGAUGCACCUCGGCUCUCUUAUGAUGGAAGGAUAUCACAAGAUGCAUACAAGUCUACCAUAAAGCUCAAAGAACUCCCAAGGCUAUCAUUGGACAGCAGACAAGGCUCCAUAAGGGGUUCUGCACCUGAACCAAAAUCAAAUUUUCUUUUGAAGGAUCUGCAGAGAAGGAAUGGAAACUCUGGCAAUAUGCUUAACCAUCAACAAGAGCCAGAAAUUUCAAAACGACCAUCUAGCAUUGUGGCAAAGUUGAUGGGAUUGGAAUCUACCCCACAGUCAACAUCAACCAGUGAGAAUUCAUUAGAAAUUAUGAGUAGCUGCCAAGCUGAUAAAUAUGACCGCUUCUCAGAAGCAACUGAUGAAACCAAGCAAAAUCGAAUUUCCAGGUCCCCAAGGAAUUCACAGGACCACAUCUCACCCCGGUUGAAAAAUGCUGAUUCAGUUAUGAGGCCCACCUCAGGUUCAAGGUUUCCAAUAGAACCAGCUCCAUGGAGGCAGCCAGAAGGCAGCCAAAGUUCUGAACUUCCAGCUUUCAUGUAUGGAGAAACUACCAUAAAAGCCCCAAACUGCCCCUCCGUUUAUGGUGAAAUUGAGAAAAGGUUGUCUGAACUUGAGUUCAAAAAAUCUGGUAAGGAUCUCAGAGCACUCAAGCAGAUACUCGAAGGAAUGCAGAAGACUAAAGAUGCAUUAGAUACCAAAAGAGAAAGGGCUGCAAAUUUUGCAUCUCAAACAAGCAAAAAUAGCAGCUCUUACCAAAGCUCAAAUUUAGCAAGCCCAAGAAAGCUACAAAAUAAGGACCCAAUUUCUGCCACAAUCAAGGGGUCUCCUUCACCAAAGAGUCAUAAAUCCCCAGCUGUCAUUAUGAAACCAGUUAACCUUAUCAGAAGAACAAGUGAUCCUGCGUCCAGCAUGAUUCCAACUGAAAAUAUGUCAGUGAUCCGGAAGCCUCAUGGCAGUGCAGAUGGGAGAAAGUUUUCGAUGCAAUCAGCUAAAGAUCUAGUUUCAAGAAACAAUCAUAUACAAGGCCCUUUCAGUCGACUGAAUUGCGCUACAGAUAAGACUAUCAGUGUUAGAACCUCAAAAUCAGCAUCAGCCUUAAAGCUGCCUCGGCACAUCAUUGGAGAAAACAACACAUGCUCAGCAACUGUGAGCCCGAGACUGCAACAAAGGAAAUUUGGAUUGCAGAAGCAGUCACCACCUCCCACCGUCCCAUCAUCUGAUUCAAGCAAGACCAAUAGGCAACAUACUAAACAACCAGUAGGACCAAACUCCCCAGGUAGAAAAGUCCGACCAAGGUCUCCCAAUUUGCAGCAAUGUAAUGAGCAAUUGAGUGAGAUCAGCAGUGCCAUCAGAGAUUUAAGUCACGAAAUUGAUGCUAUUUCUCUGAAAUCUGAGAGCAGCAUUAACUUCAACUCUCACAUGGACACAGAACUGACAGAAGUUACAAGCACCAAUCAAUCUGAUAAGAUCAACACUACCUUCUUCCAGCAGGAUGGCCAGAAACAAAGUAGUCUAGAAGGGUUCAGGGAAGACAGGUUGAUGGCAGAACCUGCAAUAGCUACCAUGGAACAACCGAGUCCUAUCUCUGUUCUUGAUGCUACAUUUUACAGAGAUGAGUCGCCAUCCCCUGUGAAGAAGAUAUCAAAUGCCUUUAAAGAUUAUGAGGCUUUAAAUCCUGAUGAAGGGGAAUGGAAUCCAGAAGAUCUAGCACAAUUACCAAAGUGCACAAAACCCAGUUUCAGUGCAGACAUUGAUAACAAAAAAUUAGAAAACAUCCAGCAUUUUGUUCAGAAUCUUCGACAAAUAUACUGUACUGAAGAGGAACCCAUCACCAAUUACAUUGCACCCCUCCAUGAGAGCACAAAUUCAGACCACAGGUACAUCUCAGAAAUAUUGUUAGCAUCAGGUCUCCUCAGAGAUCUUGACUUUGGUUUGAUGACCAUUCAGCUCCAAGCAUCUAGCCACCCCAUUGAUUAUAAAGUGUUCCUUGCGUUGGAGCAAAAAAAGGCAGGUGCAGGGCUUCUAAAUGAUACACAGCAUGAUAUAAGGCUUGUUAAGUCAGAACCUACUGAGAAAAUUCAAAGAAAACUCACAUUUGAUGCUGUUAAUGAAAUUCUAGUUCGCAAAUUAUUAUUGGAAGGUCCUCACCAGCAUUGGUUCUUGCCAAAUAAGCUAGCAGGAAGAAAACCAAGAGGGCAGCAGCUUCUGGAAGAAUUGUGUUCAGAGGUAGAUCGGCUAAAGAAUAACAACUUGAACAGAAGCCUAGAUGAGGAGGAUGACAGUUUGAGGAGCAUCAUAUUGGAAGAUUUAAGGCAUCGAUCAAUGGAUUGGAUAGAUUGCCAUUGUGAAAUUUCUGGGGUAGUGUUAGAUGUUGAGCGGUUGAUUUUUAAAGACUUAAUAACAGAAGUUUUAAACAGUGAGGUAGCUGCUCUGCAGGGCAGGCCUGGUGGGCAUUGCAGGAAGCUGUUUUCCAAGUAUGGGAUUUGAUAACAUAGUUCUAGAAGGGAUUCAGUCUUAUCUCUCUCUCUCUCUCUCUCUCACACACACACACACACACACAUUUUUGUUUCCAGUUGGGUGGGUAUUUCACUCUGCUUAAAACUACAGUAAUUCUUGAGUCAGAAAAGCUCUUUACUAGCAUGUAAAUCUCCAUUAGAGGCUUAUAACUUACUUGUAGAUUAUAGACAAUGUAUAUAUAAUUAUAUUUCCUUUCAAGUUUGGGUUUCAAGAUAUGCUUUGCAUUCAGAGUGGCUGGACCUGAACUCUUCCAUUUCUUAUAGUGAAAAAAUACAAUCAUUUCUAAACACACAAGUUGACAUGUACUGCUACUUUCUCUAAAGUUAAAUUGAGUC